UCAGACAAAGCUGAUGAUGACUUGGAGAUUACAAUGGUGUGCCAUCGACCGGAGGGCCUCGACCAGCUAGAAGCUCUAACCAACUUCAGCAAAAAGGAGCUCCAAGUGCUGUACCGGGGCUUUAAGAAUGAGUGUCCAAGUGGCGUUGUGAACGAGGAAACUUUCAAGCAAAUAUACGCCCAGUUCUUCCCUCAUGGAGAUGCCAGCACCUAUGCACACUACCUUUUCAACGCCUUUGACACAGCACAUAGUGGCUCCAUAAAGUUUGAGGAUUUUGUUACAGCUCUGUCCAUCCUACUGAGGGGCACCAUCACUGAGAAGCUACAGUGGACCUUCAACCUUUACGACAUCAACAGAGAUGGAUACAUCAACAAAGAGGAGAUGACAGACAUCGUCAGAGCGAUAUACGACAUGAUGGGGAAGUACACUUACCCUGUCUUGAAAAACGAUGCUCCCAAACAGCAUGUGGAGGCCUUCUUUCAGAAAAUGGACAAAAACAGAGAUGGUGUGGUCACUCUGGAUGAAUUCAUCUACUCUUGUCAAGAGGAUGAAAACAUCAUGAGGUCUCUACAGCUCUUUGAAAAUGUCAUUUAGACAACAAAGAAGAGGUAUGCGGUACAAAAGACAAGUGCAAGAUAAGAACAAAGAAGAAAAGAGAUGAACACACAAGAGAAAAGGAACAGCAUAGCUUUCGUUGGAAACAAAUCAUGGAUCUUGUCGCUUAAAGAGGGAUGGUUGCCAGAAAACUUCAUGGAAACCAUCUUGCUGAAACAUCCAUGGAGACAAACGUUUGGGAAAAGAUUCUUUGGACUUAUACCUUUCAUUUAACCUCUGUAACCAUUUACCUCUUCUCCAUCUCCCUCAUUUUUGCAGUCGUUACUGACAGUGUGCAUUUCAUGUCAUUUUGUAAAUUCUGAUUCUGUCUCAUUUGGUCAAAUACUUUUAAUACACUUGUAAAUUGAACCAUAUUAACUAGCAGGACUGGAAUUCCUAAAAGCAGCUGGGAACAAUCCAAUGCAUACUUUGUGCAUUCGACUUUAAAAUAAUAGCUGUUUUCAUCGUGAAUUUCUGUGUCAUCAAAACAAAGCUGAGCAUUAUUGUGAAGCAUGCAAGAGAGAGGCCUACGCCAUAUUUAACAUGGGCUUUGUGCCGUGAUAAAUAACUCAAAAAUAUUCUCAACUAAGUGUAUACAUUUUGGAAGCAAUGGUCUGACAGAGCCACCUCAUUUGUUUUCAGACUAAAUUCAGACACAGGCCUGUAAAGGUUUGCAGAGCUGAAUGUAACCUCAGCCAGCGUGCAGUCUUACGUCUCGUGACAGCUUGCUACAGUCCUCUUUACACCCACUGUGUUCAUGUGGUGUCGGUCAGUGUUUCAAUGUUAGAACGAAUACACUGUAAAUAUUUAACUGUUGUAUUUGUGGCUUGUUCUCGCCUUGUCUUUGUCUGCGUGUUUCUUAUUCUGACUAUCUGUCUGUCUCUCUGUCAAAUGGAUUUAAUGUAAUAAUUCAACCUGACACUCAUUGCUUAAUAAAGGAUACAUUUAGAGGUCAACUGGCACACAGAUGCAGUGACGUGUGUGUGUGUGUGUGUGUGUGUGUGUGUGUGUGUGUGUGUGUGUGUGUGUGUGUGUGUGUGUGUGUGUGUGUGUGUGUGAAUAUAAGUGUGUUUGUGUAGCAAGUAGCAACAUCAUCUUUUGGAAGAAUUGGUCAAGCUCAAAUGGCUGUGUUUCUGCCAGAGAGGAGAGUUUUGUCGUCAGUUCUGUUUGUUAGAAAUGUCGACUCGGGGCCACCAACCUUUCACUGUGAAGGAGAGACAAGAGAGGGGAGCUAGAAGAAGGAAGGACGAGCGUGGCAAAAGAAUAAAAGAAGAGUAGAGAAUAAGACAGAAGACGAGAGAGACCCAGUCACUGAUUCUGAAGGAAUGGAAGCCAUGUUUCAAACGAGCCUUUUUUUUAAAAGAUUGAGCAAGACGAAAAUACAGAAUAAUAAAUGAUUUAGUGUCAGGCCCACUCACUGUGCUAACUAUUGUUUAAUAAAGAUUCCUUGCUGAGAUGUGUUGCGGCUCAUCUCAAUUAUACCCAGAAUAACUUUAAGAUAGACUGACAGAAAGGAAGACAAACAGACAGACAGAAUAAAGCUGUCAGAAUGAAAUAAUGUGUGUAUUGAAAUAUUGUAUAAAAUCAUUAUAUUUAUCAAUAAAAUUUUCAAGAAACUAAAUGA